ACAGGCUCUUAGACUUAUUGACUCCCACCGCUGCCACCACUUUUCUGUGGCAAUCACACAGGGUCCCCAGACAUUUCACCGUCUAUUGAUCCCCAUGCCACCACUUUAUUUCUCACUGCCACCACCCAGGCCCUACCUGGUAAAAUACUGAGUCCAGUCAGGGUUAAAUUGGAACAUAAACUUCUGUUUAUUUAUUGCAGUUUAACAAGUGUGUGGUUUCUUAAACAGUCUCAGUCAGUUACAAUCAUGGGGUGCCUAUCCAGACCUACAUGUUCCGCUACCUGCUCUCACUCACUAAACCACCUCUCAGAUAUUUACUUGUCUUCCUAGCUCCUAACUGUUCGUAACUCAGUUUAUUUUGCUACACUCACUCAACGUAACCACAGACUCUAUCCCAAUUCACUCCCACUCCAACCAACCUCCCAACUAACUCUCCCUUCGUCCCUUCCAGAGCUGGUUUUAUAGUUCCUCUGACUCCACCCCCCUGGGUUCUGAUUGGGUAACCUGUUUAACUAUUUCACCUCCAGCACUCUCAUAUGUCACAGCAGGAAAAAUAUGUUUUCUGAUUUGUAGAUCCUGGCAGCUGGGGGCUCGGAUGUGGACUGGAUGUGAAAAGGCUAUCAGGCAAUUUACAGCUCAAGAGCCUGGUACAUAUCAGAAAAGUAUGGGAACAAAGAAGCAGUCUUUUGAUCUCAAGGUCCUUUGAGCAUAAACAAAGUUCAGCUGUGCUGGUCUCCUUAUAAUCAGCAGAUAUAGUCCCAUCAUACAGCCAUUGGUAAUUAACCUAAAGAAAUGAUUGGUCCCUAAACCCCUUCUCCACGUGGGAUUCUCAAGGAUAAAGCUUUGGGGAAUUCAGAUGAAAACUGCAGAACAUCUUGCCCUGGCAUUUGUUGCCAGAAGGCGUUUGACCAGCAAAGAGAUUUUGACUACUCGCUGUGCUUUGAACUAUUGGAUUUUAGAAGCUAAACUGGUGCCCGACCCCUUGGUACAUCUACCUGUUGGAUUUCUGUCUGCGUCCCGGUACAGUGACACAGGACUGGGCAACCCGGGCCCAUGGACUGUGAGAAUGGCACAGACAUUGUCGAGUUUGUCCUUCUGGGUUUUUCCGCCCAGCCUAAAGAGCAGCCACUCUUGUUCCUAAUCUUUCUGCUGAUGUAUGGAGCAGGACUUCUGGGCAACAUCAUGAUGAUCAUUCUCAUCUCUCUGGAUGCCCGACUCCAGACUCCCAUGUAUUUCCUGCUUCGGAGCCUCUCUGUGGUGGAUGUGGGCUUCCUGUCAGUCACUGUGCCUCAGAUGUUGGCUCACAUCAUCUCCACUUCCAAGACUAUCCCUUUCUACUGCUGCAUGGCUCAGUUCUUCUUCUUCUGCGUGUUUGGCGUGACUGACCUUCUGAUAGUGAGUGUCAUGGCUCUGGAUCGCUAUGUUGCAAUUUGCAAUCCACUACACUACACUACGGUAAUGAACCAGAAGGUCUGUGGACACUUGGUAGCUGGCUGCUGGCUUGUUUCCACCCUCCACUCCAUGCUCCAUGCCAGCCUCCUCCUGCGUCUCAGUUAUCGUGGGGACAACCACUUGUUCCAUUACUUUUGUGACCACCAGCCCCUCCUGCAGCUGUCCUGCUCAGACACCAGCGUCAAUGAAGCCCUCAUCUUCUUUGAAGGUUCCGUCGUCCUUCUUGGACCUUGUGUAUUAAUCCUACUCACCUACAUCCGCAUUGUGGUAGCUGUGAUGAAGUUAUCUUCGGGGAGGCGCAAAGCUUUCUCCACCUGUGGCUCCCACCUCACCAUGGUGACCCUCUUCUAUGGAGCCAUCAUUGCUGCCUACUUUCUGCCAAAAUCCAGCUACUCAUCGCAUCGAGGGGCUGUCUUUGCUGUGGUGUACACUGUCAUCACCCCAAUGUCCAACCCUUACAUCUACAGCCUCAGGAACAAAGAUGUCAAGGAAGCUCUGUGGGGUCUCCUGGGGAAGAGGGUCUUUUUUCAACAGUAAUCGUGAGAGGUUGGUUAACAGGCUAUGAUGUACUGAAUCAGAUUCAGACGUGGAUGGCUAAAGGGAAUAAUGGGACCUUGUUCAACGUACGCACGUUCAUUCAAAUAUUUGUAUUCCACCUCUCUUCUUCUUUUAUAAUAUUUUUUAUUAAAUUUUCAAUUUUUCAUUUUCAAAUAAACAUUUUACAAACUUUAAAAUAUCCAGUGAUUUCCCUUCUUCUCUUUCCAUGGUUCAUUCUAUGUAUCCUACAUCCCUGCAUAUUUUACUGUAACCAUUCAGAUCAGUUUUCCACUUUUACAUCCAUCAAAA